CGGCGGCGGCGGCAGAGGCGGCAGCGCUCGCCAUUGCCGCUGGUGGCAGGAGGCUGCGAGGAGCCGGCGCGGUCGCAGUCUCCACGGCGCAGGCCCACGGUAGCGCAGCCGCUCUGAGUAGAUCUUCAUGGAGGAGCACGGAGUGACCCAAACCGAACACAUGGCUACCAUAGAAGCCCAUGCAGUCGCUCAGCAGGUACAGCAGGUCCAUGUGGCCACCUACACUGAGCAUAGUAUGCUGAGUGCUGAUGAAGACUCACCUUCUUCUCCUGAGGACACCUCUUACGAUGAUUCAGACAUACUCAACUCCACAGCGGCUGAUGAGGUAACAGCCCAUCUAGCUGCUGCAGGUCCUGUGGGAAUGGCUGCUGCCGCUGCUGUGGCGACAGGAAAGAAACGGAAACGGCCUCAUGUGUUUGAGUCUAAUCCGUCUAUCCGGAAGAGACAGCAAACACGCCUGCUUCGGAAACUUCGAGCCACAUUAGAUGAAUAUACUACUCGAGUGGGACAGCAAGCUAUUGUCCUCUGUAUCUCCCCCUCUAAACCCAACCCUGUCUUUAAAGUGUUUGGUGCAGCACCUUUGGAGAAUGUGGUGCGGAAGUACAAGAGCAUGAUCCUGGAAGACCUGGAGUCCGCCCUGGCAGAACACGCCCCCGCGCCACAGGAGGUUAACUCCGAACUGCCACCUCUCACCAUCGAUGGAAUUCCGGUCUCUGUGGACAAAAUGACCCAGGCCCAGCUGCGGGCAUUUAUUCCAGAGAUGCUCAAGUACUCCACGGGUCGGGGAAAACCAGGCUGGGGCAAAGAAAGCUGCAAGCCCAUCUGGUGGCCUGAAGAUAUCCCAUGGGCGAAUGUCCGGAGUGACGUCCGCACAGAAGAGCAAAAGCAGAGGGUUUCAUGGACCCAGGCACUACGGACCAUAGUUAAAAACUGUUAUAAACAGCAUGGGCGGGAGGACCUUUUGUAUGCUUUUGAAGAUCAGCAAACACAAACACAGGCCACAACUACACACAGUAUAGCCCAUCUUGUACCAUCACAGACUGUAGUCCAGACCUUUAGUAACCCUGAUGGCACUGUCUCACUUAUCCAGGUUGGUACAGGGGCAACAGUAGCCACAUUGGCUGAUGCUUCCGAAUUGCCAACCACAGUCACUGUUGCCCAAGUGAAUUAUUCUGCAGUGGCUGAUGGAGAGGGCUUGGGGCCCUUUCUCUGGGACAUGGUGACAUCCGGCAUAGAUAACCACACAGUGGCUCCCAACAGAUGGAAAGGGAGAGCAACAAGAGCUCAAGCAAAUACAACUAAAGCACUGAGACUGAAGAAUAGGAAAUUCCAAAGAAAUGUUAACACCCAAGUGGAACAAAAUUGGGCCACGUUACAGGGAGGUGAGAUGACCAUCCAGACAACGCAAGCAUCAGAGGCCACCCAGGCGGUGGCAUCAUUGGCAGAGGCCGCGGUGGCAGCUUCUCAGGAGAUGCAACAGGGAGCUACAGUCACCAUGGCGCUCAACAGUGAAGCCGCCGCCCAUGCUGUCGCCACACUGGCCGAGGCCACCUUGCAAGGGGGGGGACAGAUCGUCCUGUCUGGGGAAACCGCAGCAGCUGUUGGAGCACUUACUGGAGUCCAAGAUGCUAAUGGAGGACACAGGUGUCCGGGCUCUGCAGGGGGCCUUCUGCGUGGCUUCAUGAGUUUUGACUUGCCUCUGGUGACCAGAAGAGAGGACGAAAGCAAAGAUCACAGUCACUGCUUCUGCCCGCUUCUGGAAAGCCCCUCUCAGUACUUGUCCCAGCGUGGUUGUGCCAGUGUCCCCUCUCUGCGCUCUCGGACCCACUGCAGAAUUCCGGUCCGGGGCCCUCAGCCCACCCCACUGCUCUUCCCGUGGGCUCUCGGUCUCCUUCAUUCCCACGCUGCCUCUUUCAUGGUUUUCCCUCUUGCUGUGGAGCUCGCCCUUCAGCGCUCCCUGAGAAAGCGAGUGCGGGUGGCCACUUUUCCCACCCCAUCCAGGUCUGAAGAUGCCUUUCUUCUGCUGUCACACUCAGUUGGGAGGGGUGUCAUUUCAUGGGCUUGGGAACAGAGCUGGCCGAAAAGCACUUCUCAGACACUUAAAGGCGUCUGCUUUGAUGCCUUCUUGAAGGAAACUGCUCCCAGCUUCCAGGCUUGCUUUUGAGAAGCCCCACAAUAUUCCAACUCCCAGUUCUUUGUACAGGGCCUUUUUUUUUUUCUUUCUGGACUCUUUCAGGAUCUUUGCUUUAUCCCCAGUGUUCUGAAAUUUUGCAAAGAUGUGUGUUAGUGUCUUGAUCUUUUGUCAUCUUGUCUCCUGGGUAUCUAACAAUGUGUCUGAUUAAUUCCCUACCUUUGGAGUUUUUUUGGUUUUGUGUUUACUGUCUCUGGAAUUCUGUUUUAUCAGUGGUUGGACCUCUUCCGUCUCAUACUUUUCUCUCCUUUCCAUCUUUGAAUCCUACUCUCUGAGAAAUUUCCAUGACUUUAUCUUCUGCUUUCAUUGGAUUGUAUUUCAUCAUUAGAUUUUUUUACUUUAAAGUUUUUCUCAUACUCCGUUUUAAGAAAAGCAUCCCAUUUUUAUGAUACAAAUCUCUUCUCUGAGGAUAUCAGGGUUCUGGGGCUUUCAUUUUCUUCUCCCACCCCCACCAUUGUCUGCAACCUUGUGUCAGCGAGCGCAGGCCACAGCUAGGCCAUCUGUAGGCCUCGGGGUAAGCACUGGCACAGCAGGCUGAAGUUUUCAGUGCCCCCCCCACCCCACCCAACAGGUAUCACUGGGGUCUUUUCCAGGCUCUCCAGGUCAGCUUCCCGGAACAGUGGAUGAACUUCAGAUGUCCUGUCAACGAAGGGCAGGGUUUCUGGGUGUUGGGAUUGGUGCAGUACAGUUGAAUACACACGCUUAACCAAUUCCUGUUUCCAGCCUUGUCAGUUUCUGCGUAGUGAGGCCUAUGUCCAGCGCCCUCCAUGGGCGCAGGACUUGCUACUUCCAUUUCUCUGAUAAGUCAGAACCACUUUACAUCUUCCAAAAACCUGUUGACAUUCCUCAUUUAUAUCCUUCUUCCCACUAAAUUGCAGUUUCAGUUUUAAGAGGAAGAAGAGCUUGAUAAUAGGCAUUUAUUCUGCCUCAUUUAACGCAAAUCCUAUUUUUUCUUUAGUAUGUCAUAUAGAACUAUCAACUUUUCUUUCUUAGGAAGGACUGCCCUUUUCUGAGAUUAUGUGCUUCUUCCUCCCUUUGUGUGAAACCAUCCUUUCUAUGUGAAAUAAUAGUGGUAUUAGGAAACAGUUGGGUCUUUUUAAGUUGACCCCAAAAUGUAUUUUUAAAUUUUACUGGUCUGUGAAUCUAACAUCAAGAAAACAAUGCC